GAUCAGCGACGACAACGACAUCGACAAUUGCGUCAAAACCUUUACCCACCACUGCAAUACUGACAAAGACUACGCCGGAUCUCCCAUCCUCCACUACAGAUCCUAAUACCACGACAGGGCACACAAUCACCAUGACAACGACGAAAAUGACCACUACUGGACCCACAACCACCACUACAAAGCCGCAGACGACCACGACAGAUCCCCCGACCACCACUACAGGGCAGAGUGCGACUACGACAGAAUCCCCGACCACCACUACAGGGGAGAACGACUACGACAGAAUCCCCGACCACCACUACAGAGGAGAGUGCGACUACGACAGAACCUCCGACCACCACUACAGGGGAGAGUGCGACUACGACAGGACCCACUUCCACCACCACUACAAUUCCGCAGACGACUACGACAGAAUCCCCGACCACCACUACAGAGGAGAGUGCGACUACGACAGAACCUCCGACCACCACUACAGGGGAGAGUGCGACUACGACAGGACCCACUUCCACCACCACUACAAAUCCGCAGACGACUACGACAGAAUCCCCGACCACCACUACAAAGUCGAGUUCAGCGCAA